AAGGGCUGCUGUUUUCCAAAGCAUAUCAGUCAGUUGUAAACUCCGUGGUUGUGACAGAAACCCUUACAGUAGGGCACCAGAGGGCAUUUUGAAGCUGUUUUUCAUCCGUCCGCGUCACCCCGCACCGGGGGAAGAAGAGCCGCGGCUUGUCUCACCGGCGACAACCACCAUGAGCCAGAGGUUCAGCGUCUCCAAGAGCGACGGCGACCGGCGCCUCUCUGACAUCCAGGGAGAGGUGAACCAGCUGUUUGAAGGAGACGAGCCCUCAGCCUGCGGUGUUGCGCCGGAGGAAUCCACUCCUGCGGAUACCGAGGAUGUGGUGGUGGUGCUGAAAGGUGACAGUAACCCCAAAGAGAGCAGCCCCUUCAUCAACAGCAGUGAAGCUGCCGCUGAAAAGAGCCAGCAAUAUGACGGCAAGAACAUGGCCUUGUUUGAGGAGGAGAUGGACACCAGGCCUAUGGUGUCCUCUCUUCUUAGCAGCCUGGCCAACUACUCCAACCUUCCCCAAGGCUGCAAGGAGCACGAGGAGGCUGAGAACAACGAGGCAGAGUCAGCGCGGAAGAAACCUGUCAAGGCCCCUCAGCUUGGUACUCUGAUGGGGGUCUACUUUCCAUGCAUCCAGAACAUUUUCGGAGUGAUCCUUUUCCUCAGGAUGACCUGGUUAGUUGGAAUUGGAGGUGUCAUCGGGACCUUCAUCAUCGUCUUUAUGUGUUGUACCACCACUAUGCUGACUGCCAUCUCGAUGAGUGCCAUCGCUACCAAUGGAGUAGUGCCAGCUGGGGGCUCCUACUACAUGAUUUCACGUUCACUGGGCCCUGAGUUUGGUGGAGCGGUGGGGAUCUGUUUCUACCUGGGAACCACCUAUGCUGGAGCCAUGUACAUCCUGGGAGCAAUCGAGCUGCUCUUGAUCUACAUAGCUCCCAAAGCAGCCAUCUUCCCGCUUGAGGGUCUGGAGGGUGCCGAGGCGGAAGCAGCCCUGCUGAACAACAUGCGUGUGUAUGGAACCAUCCUUCUGACCUCCAUGGCCACUGUCGUUUUUGUUGGUGUCAAGUAUGUGAACAAGCUGGCCCUGGUGUUUCUGGCAUGCGUCAUCCUCUCCAUUCUCGCCGUCUAUGCUGGAGUUGUCAAGACUGGCAUUGAGCCGCCCAUUUUCCCCGUUUGUGUCUUGGGAAAUCGCACUUUAGUGUGGAAGAACUUUGACGUUUGUGCCAAAACCAUUGAGACCGCUAAUGCAACAGUCACCACCCAGCUGUGGCGCAUGUUCUGUGACUCACCUUUCCUCAAUGCUACCUGCGACAAAUAUUUUAUGGCCAACAACGUGACCCAGAUCCAGGGCAUUCCUGGGAUUACCAGCGGAGUCCUGGCAGAUAACCUGUUUGGGAACUACUAUGAAAAGGGGGAUCUGAUUGCCAAAUCAACCCUGGAGUCAGUGGAGGACCAUGAUGACCCUAUAACUAAUGCUAACCGCUAUGUGUUGGCCGACAUCACCAGCUUCUUUACACUGCUGGUUGGCAUCUACUUCCCAUCAGUAACAGGAAUCAUGGCUGGAUCCAACCGCUCCGGAGAUCUGCGUGAUGCCCAAAAGUCAAUCCCCAUUGGAACCAUUGCAGCCAUCACAACCACCUCCACUGUCUACAUGUCCAGUGUGAUUCUGUUUGGUGCCUGCAUUGAGGGGGUGGUCCUCAGGGACAAGUUCGGAGAGGGCGUGCAUGGGAACUUGGUAAUUGGCACAUUGGCCUGGCCGUCACCAUGGGUGAUCGUGAUUGGCUCUUUCUUUUCCACUUGCGGGGCAGGGCUCCAGAGCCUGACUGGAGCUCCUCGUCUUCUGCAGGCCAUUGCCAAGGAUGGCAUUGUGCCCGCCCUUCGGAUCUUUGGUCAUGGCAAGGCCAAUGGAGAACCAACAUGGUCCCUCCUCCUGACAGCUUGUAUCUGUGAGAGCGGCAUCCUUAUUGCCUCCCUGGAUGCUGUGGCUCCCAUUCUCUCCAUGUUUUUCCUGAUGUGCUAUAUGUUUGUGAAUCUGGCCUGUGCCCUCCAGACUCUCCUGAGGACUCCAAACUGGAGGCCCCGCUUCAAGUUCUACCACUGGGCUCUGUCCUUCCUUGGGAUGAGCUUGUGUCUCACUCUAAUGUUCCUCUGCUCCUGGUACUACGCCAUAGUGGCCAUGGGGAUCGCUGGCUCUAUCUACAAGUACAUUGAGUUUGCAGGUGCGGAGAAAGAAUGGGGUGAUGGGAUACGAGGUUUGUCUCUGAGCGCUGCACGGUACGCUCUCAUGCGCCUAGAGGAAGGCCCGCCACACACCAAGAACUGGAGGCCUCAGCUGCUGGUGCUAGUUAGUACAGAUGCAGAGCAGAAUGUGGAACAGCCUCGUCUGCUGUCACUCACCAACCAGUUAAAGGCAGGCAAAGGUCUCACCAUCGUUGGGACGGCUCUGGGUGGCACCUAUCUGGUGAACUACGAGCAGGCUCAACGUGCAGAUCAGGCACUGCGCAAAUUAAUGGAGACUGAAAAGGUGAAGGGCUUCUGUCAGGUGACUGUCUCCUCAAACCUCCGGGAUGCUACAUCUCAUCUGUUGCAGGCCAGCGGGCUGGGAGGCCUGAAACACAAUGCUGUGCUGGUCUCCUGGCCACGCAACUGGAAGCAAGGAGACGAGCACCAGACCUGGAGGAACUUCAUUGAGCUGGUCAGAGAAACCACCAUUGCCCGCCUCGCUUUGCUCGUACCAAAGAACAUUUCAGCAUUCCCGUCCAAUGGCGAACGCUUCACCGAGGGUCACAUUGAUGUAUGGUGGAUCGUUCAUGACGGAGGCAUGUUGAUGCUUCUGCCCUUCCUGCUCCGCCAACAUAAGGUCUGGAGGAAGUGCAAGAUGCGCAUCUUCACCGUGGCCCAGAUGGACGACAACAGCAUCCAGAUGAAAAAGGACCUGACUACAUUCUUGUAUCACCUCCGUAUUGAUGCUAUGGUGGAAGUUGUUGAAAUGCAUGAGAGUGACAUCUCAGCCUACACGUACGAGAAGACACUGGUGAUGGAACAACGCUCACAGAUGCUGAAACAGAUCAACCUUACCAAGACGGAGCGCGAGAGGGAGAUCCAGAGCAUCACCGAUUCAUCCCGCGGAUCUAUCCGGCGUAAGAACCCGGCCGCUGUGACCACCCAGCUGAGUGUGACCGAGGAGCCGCCUGCCACCAGCAAAGAGGAGAAGCCUGAAGAGGAGUCAAAGUCGGCCUCUUCCCCUGUGUCCCCCCCUGCUCAGGUACAGCUAAUCCACGAUAACACAACCCCAGCCAGCCCUGCCACCCCAGCGACCCCGAUGACCCCUGGAGAGGAGGCUCAGAGUCCUGGGGAGCAGAUCCAAAGGACCUGGACAGAGAAGUGUGACGGUGAGGCAGCCAAGCCUCUUGGAGUGACCACAGAGGAUAUCAAAGACAUCUUCAACAUGAAGCCAGAGUGGGAGAACCUGAACCAGUCUAACGUGCGGCGUAUGCACACAGCGCUCCGGCUGAAUGAAGUCAUACUUAAAAAGUCCUCAGAGGCCAAACUAGUCCUCCUGAACAUGCCAGGGGCACCCAAGAACCGGGCCGGUGACGAAAACUAUAUGGAGUUCCUUGAGGUCCUCACCGAUGGCCUAAACCGGGUCCUCCUGGUUCGCGGAGGAGGCCGCGAGGUCAUCACCAUCUAUUCCUGAAAGAGCAGCCCCCUCUCCCUCUUCAAUCCCCUUCCUCUGUUCCGAUGUCAGCUGUACUCGACAUUGCUUCAUUUUGAGGUCUUGUUUAUUUCUGUGCUGUAUUGCUCUCACACCCAACAAAUAGCCCGCUCAGCUUCAGCGCCUCUCCCUCUGCCUCAUCCACAGCAGACAGGUGAAUCCAAAACCAUCACACUACAAACUCAAUAGCAAAUUAAACCUUUCUCCACUAGUUCAUGUUCUCUUUUAAUCCACUGUAACUGGGUCGGGAUGAGGCGUUGGUGAGUGUGGGUUCUUAGCUGAAGUGUGAAAACCCCUGCAUGUAUAUGUCUGUUAUUGUUUUAAUCUCUGUGGGGUUUUUUCUUUUGUCUUUCUAAACACAAGAGUGGGACAGACAUGACUUCUAAUCGGCACAAAUGUUAUCUGGCUGAAAUAAACUCAUCGUAGGAUUAGAUCUCUUUAGUUCCCUUGUGGUGAUCGGACUCUCCCCUCACACUGUUGUCUCGGGUGUGGGAGUUUUCAUGAAGGACUCCGCACCCCACAGUCAGGACCACCAGUUGAAGGAUGAAGGAGAGUACAGUUGGGAAGUAUGAACUGUGAAACUCAUAAACCAGGGGGACUGAAAAAUGGGUCUAUUCUGCCGUCUUAUCUUUAACCUGCUCACUCUUUAGCAUGACAUUCUCAACCACUGUAUAAGUUUUACUCCGCUUGUUCCGUUACUGUUGUCACUUUCUCCCUCCGAGAUUUCUUUAUGCUCAUUUCUAAGUGGCUGUUUAUCUCUGGGGCCACUGUUGGUGCCAAAAAACAAAAAAACAAAGUACAAGGCUAGUUUGUUGAGAUUGACACGUAAUAAAACUGUGAAUAAUCUCCUAGCAGAAGACUGGGGUGCCAGCAAAGUGGGGAGACAGUUACAAAGCCCCCCGCCACCCCUAGGAGGAUGUUAUGAUUGCCAGCACCUCUCGAACCCUUGUGUGAUUCACUGUAAAUAAUGUACAAGCUCUGAUGCGUUGUCCAGUAUGAGUGUAGUAUUUUUGUGACUAACUGAAAAGCUUCUAAGUGGAGAGAAAAGGCUCCUUCGCUCAGAAAGAACACUGAAAAUGCUGUUUUAAAAAAAAAAAGUAUUUAUUUAUUUUAUCUUUAACGGCUCCCAUCAUUAUGGUAAACAUCAUCGCAAGCAAAACCACUUGCAAUCUUCACCACUGUGUGACAAGUGAGAUUUUGACACUUAAAAAAAAAAGCACUAAAUGUUAUUUUUUCAUCUAGAGAAAAUAUUUAUGUCACUUUGAUUGUCAGAGAUAUAUCAUCUGUUUUGCCAAAUUCUCAUACAUUAUUGUGCCAAAUCAAAGUAUUUUUCAGAGAAAUAGUGAAGAAAAUUAUAUUAAAUUCCAUUACAUGAGAACAAAGUGCUAAAAAAGGGGAAAACAGAAUAAUAAAGAAACUAUGGUUUGAAAGUGGCCCUAUAGACAAUUAAAGACUGAAUCUCCAGCCAUAUAUAUAUAUAUAUAUAUAUAUAUAUAUAUAUAUAUAUAUACAUAUAUACAUAUAUAUAUAUAUAUAUAUAAAGCAGCUGCUCAAACUAAGCUGGACAUGCUGAACAGCUGUUGGUUAUUUCUUUAUAGGGUCUCAUUAAAAUACAAAUGGGAGGACAAUGGUUUCUGUGGCUCUGAAACUCAAUAUGUUCUCAACAAUGAACUCUAUGCAGUAGAUUCUCCAGUCAGAUUUUAUAUCCCCGAGAUAGCUGAAGAUUUGAGCCACACGUUUCCCGAGUCUGGGCGACUCGAGAGCAAAUUUUUAAAAACAAAGUGCAUUUUGGAAGGAAUGUGCAAUAGUUGCAAAUCUGGACUCACGUGAUCAUGUUAUUUAUUUUUUUACACAUAAUAUUUUGUAUAUGUAGAUUUCGUAAGUCUCGUACAAUCCAGAAUCAUCUCACUCUGACCAAGGACUUCUGUCACUUUACUUUCAUUAUUCCAGUUUCUUUUCUUAAAAGAAACUAUUUUUGGUCAUUUGCACUUGUAGUAGAAGUAUAAAUAUAAAUUCGUAUAUAUACAUAGUAUACAUAAAUAUAAAUAUAUAUAUAUAUAUAUAUAUAUAAUAUAGGGAAGCAAAACAAAUUAGUUUAUAGAACUAAGUAAAAAAGGUAUUUUAACGUUUUUAGUGUUGCUUGAAUGUCUGAUAAUAUGUUGUGAAUGCUGCUAGUACCUAUAAAUUUAUUUGUACUGUAAAUAGAGAUGAAUCAACUCUAAAGACGACGUGAAAAAGGGUAUAGACAUACAUAUCAGUGCUGCUGGUGGUUAUCUAUCAAAACAAGGCUGUACCUGUACACGUUUGACCUGUGACCUCUGGACAGGGUUCUGUUUUAAUAGAAAUACUAUAAUGAAUAUCUUGAUGCAAUAUUACAUAAGUGAGAGCAAACCAUCCACCUAUUUUUCCUCACUUUCUCAGUGCUCUGUUUACGAUUAAUAUAUUUUACCCCACAGACAAGAGACGCUACGUGAAGGUAAAAGAAUAUGCAUUUUUGUGCAUUUAAACAAAACUGGAGUUUUAAUGCUUAAAUCUAAGGAUUUCUGAUGUAUUUGAUAAAUUUUAAACUUUUGACACCUGUCAUAUUAAGAAAACAAGCCACUCCUCUUCUAGUAUUCAAAGAUUGAGCGACAAGUCAUCAGGAUUUCCUUUUAACAUGCUAGUCACUGACAAAGAGGGGGUUGCUCGCAGGAGUUUUUUGAGUUCUUUUAAGACAGCAUCACCUGCAUCAUCUGAGCCUUUUUAAAUUUGUUCAAAAUGAUAUCUGAAGUUUAUUGGAGUUUACUGGAAAUUAUUUUAUUUAUUGAAUUAUAAAUGUUUUAUAAUUGCUGUUUGCAUGGUACUAUGUGGCAAUAUUUGUUUCAGUGGUUUUCUAUAGUAAUUACUUACAUGUUCAAGGUGAAGUGCUCGGAGAGAAGGUGGCCAGACGCUCUCAAGAAGAUUUUUGAGAACAAAGUUUUGCCAAAAUUGGCCAAACCUUGAAAAAAAAUCAUUUGCAAAAAAAAAAAGAAUGAUGAAUAAGUAUGAGUUCACUUGUUCCUUGUUAUAUUUCAAUCUCUCUCAAGUAGAUUUACGUAACAUAAUAGGAGAUUAUGUUUGCGAGUAGACUGCCCUUAGAAAGGGUCAUUUCACUUUUGUAAAUAUAUAUUACUUAAAUCUGAAACACUGUAACAUACUAGUGUUGUCUUUUACUGUACACUGUUCUAUCACUGUGGGCAAAGUCUGAGUUUUGUAAGAUCAUGUGCAAUUUCUUUUCCACUUUUGUUUCCUUUCAGAUUUUGUUUUGUUUGCUAUUCAUUGGUACCAGGUGUCAGCAGUCAGUGUAUUAAUUAUCAGCAUGUUUGUUGGGUAUUAAACCUGCAUGUGAUUAAGACACCAGAUCAGUUCGCUCUUGGUGAGCCGUCUGUAAGUCUGCAGAGCUCAACAAGAACAUCCUCUGCAGACAAUGUCAGAGUGACCUCUGGUGGCAAUAGCAGGCUGACAACUUCUGUUACAUUAUUUAUUUCCAUUCAGACUUACUGAUGUGGUUCAGCUUUUUAUUGGACAUUUUAGCAUGCAUACAUCUUUUUUAUUCAGUUUCUUUAAAAGAAAAUAGUAGCUGUUAAAUUUAUUGUGCUUGUCACUCAAUCUGUGAGGUGAGCCCUCCCAGAAUUCCCCCUCCCUCUUCGUCACAUUUGCUCCAACCCCCUGAUAGCCACCAUCCCAGCCACAAAAUCCAACCCAGCAUUGUAUUUUAACUGUGACUGCAGUAUAAUUCUGAAAAAUUAUCAAAGAAUAUAAAACUCGCGCUUCCAAUUCUGGUACUUGGCUCUGCUUGGACUUUAAUUGUUGACUUUGACUUAAAAAAACCAGCACGUAACUACCCCCUUCUACUGAUCCACAUCCUUUUAUCAGAUGCAUCACCUGCACAACUGUAGCAUGAAGAAAAAAUACAAUCUGCUGGUGAUCAUUACCCAGUCUCCAUUCUUAAAUGGACAUUAAGGGCUCUUAAACACAUCUGUUGCCAGGUGGAAGAGGCGGCUGUCCCGUUAGGACGUUCGCAGAGGUAAAGCAUGUCCCAGAUCAUUGCAGAGAAGGGACGCAGGCUGUAGCUAAUACUUGUACCCUUCGGUGGAUCACAGUGCCGUCAGACAAACAUGUUUGAUGUGAAAACAAUAAUCCCUCUGGCAUUGUAGUCAAUCUCUCUCUGAGUCAGAUGAGGAAUACCUCAAGCUGCUGUCCAAGCAGAGCCACCCUCCAGUUAUGUUGUGUAACUCAGUGCAUGCAUGCAACUACCCUGAACAAAGUGCUGAAAAUAUAUUGGAUGUUUGUGAUAUACAAGUAUUCUGUUUGUAUCAGUCAGAAACUUUAAUUUCUAGUAUUUUGUUCUCUUUUAUUAGGACUGGCCUAUUGUUGUAUCCAAGAUGGAUAUUACUAUAAUCUAUUUUUAAAUGGAAGAUCUAUCUACAAAGUUCUCUUGUAUAAGUUAUUGAAAAGUAAAACAAUUGCAGUUUUUCUCAGUUAAGUAUGAAACUUUUUUUUUUUUUUCUUCCAGUGAAUUAGAUAAGACAUGAUGGAAAGGUGUUUACCAACCUCUGGAAAAUAUUAAGCCACCGUUGAUAUUUAACUAUUAACACUUUAGUGUGCAACAAUAUUAAGUAAAUCUUAAUACAAGCAGCUUGAAGUGGUAGUGUGUCUGCCUCCUGACCAAAAUCAGCCCUGCUUGCAGUUUCCCAAAUUUUUAAAGGACAUUUUGGGGAAUGUGCUUUCUUAUGACUGGCACAGAAAAAUGGAAAUGGGAACAGGUGUCUGAGCUUAGGAACAUCUAACCAUGUUCUACGCUGUUAAAUACAGGCACUCUGCAGUUAGGUUGUUUCCAUUAUCUAUGCCAGCCCUAGUUUAGUCUGAUACUGACUAGAAUAGCAUAAUGACAAAAACAAUAAUUUCAUUUGAGACGUUGAUUCUCCUCCAGAGGAACUGUCACUAUCCAGAGUUGACCGAUUUGAAUUCACUGGGCUUGCAGGAGAUAUUUUGUAUGGAUGUAAAUUAUUUAAAAUCGGCAUACACACAAAUCUGUGUGUGAAGAUUCAGAGAUAAAAUUUGAACCGUUCAUGACUUUUCCUUAAUAAUGUACCCAGUCUAAUGGUAAUGCUGUAGUGUUCCUUUCAGUUCUGUGAGGGUGUGUGUGUACACUUGCACUUGUAACUGCUGGGGGCAGGGGUGGUUAUGGGCAUGGGUGGGAAGGGACUACAUGUAAAUAAAACCCGAUAAGAGUUAGUGUUGAGGUGUUUAUUUUCUGUGUCAGUGUAAGUUAAUAUUCUAAACUAAAAAAUGAUGUAUUAUUCUCUAUUGUGACUCAUGGUACAUAAAAAAGGAAAAAAGCUGUUUUAUCCAUAUUUCAAAUGCUUAUCUCUCUAGCUUCUGGCGAUACCUGUUCCAUUUUAUAGAUUUGUCAGCACAAAAUGCAAUAAACCAAUAUCAUUUUACUACAGAA